AUGUUUGUUGGAGAAACGUUUUCCAUAUGGAUGGGAGGAGAGCGCCUAGAGUUUGACUACCAAAACGACAGCUGGUUGGAUGAAAUGCGGAGUAUACGAGAUGGCACCACUGCUGAGCCAAAGUUGGAAACAGCUGCUACAGUAACCCUACAGUUGGAAAAAUGCGACAUGCAGCUUCCCACUUCGUCAAGUUCCGUAGCCAACACACAACCAUAUGACAGUGACGAUGAAGAAGACUUCUUACCUUAUGAUUUACCUGCAGAUGCUGAACCAGAACGAACUGCUCCUCCACCCAAUUACAUACGAGACUGUAUGGAACAGUUGAGCGAAAAGGAAAAAUAUGAGGUGUUCGAAGCAGCACUCUUUGCUCUGGACGCUAUGAUACGAAGGAAAGCUGUUGGAUUUGUUGAUAUUGCGGAGCAGUUGGCCAAAAAGCUUGUCUAUCUGGAGAACAAGUUUUCUACAAAGAAUUUUGAGGAAACCCGCAAGCAGUGUCUCACUUCAUGUCUUGUCAUGCGACCUGAAAUAGCGCCUAAGCUAGGAGAUAUAGUCUUUUCACGACACUGCUCAUUCUUUCAUCGCUACCUCAUUUUGGAGUGCUUUCUCGCUGCAGCGAAAGAGCUUUCGGAGUUCCAGAAAGAGCCUGCGAAAAAGAUCGUCGAAGUGCGUAAAGACGAGAAGAAGGAGGGAGAGGUACGCAGUUUUUCUUUCCUGGAACACUUCUCUGAGUCUUCCCAAAAUUAAGC